AUGCCCCAGCACAGUGCAGGAUCAUCUUCCCGCUUCAAAGUGGCCAUAUCAACACCUUUAACACAGGCAUGGUCCACUGUUGUCACCAUCAGGAAAUGCCCCACAGCCAUCUCUGGAGUGCAGGUAGACAGAAAAUGGCUGCAGGUGAUCAGAAAAUCAAAUUUGAUGGAUGCGCUAAGUUUUGUGAUGGGUGAGAAGACAUCUAAUUUAAGAGUGAAGAGUGUUCGAGAGCUUAUUAGUGGAGCUAAUGUAGGGCGACCGGUCUCCUCUACUGCCAGUGUGCAAUUGGUUUAUUGUGAUGACAAUGGGGAGGAAAAGACCUUUUCCAGGAGGAUUGUAGGAGGCUCCUCAGAAUAUCGACUCAAUGAUACACCAGUGGGACGGUCAGCCUAUGUCCUGGAGCUUGAAAAAAUUGGAAUAAUUUCAAAGGCCAGAAAUUGCCUCAUAUUCCAGGGUGAGGUGGAAUCAAUUGCAGUGAAGAAACCUAAAGAAAGAACCCAACUUUUUGAAAAAAUAAGCAACUCAGCAGAACUAUCAGAAGAGUAUGAGCGAAAGAAAAAAGUCAUGUUACAAGCUGAGGAAGAUGCACAGUUCUGUUAUAAUAAGAAGAAGAAUGUGGCAUUAGAAAGAAAGCAUGCCAAGAUAAAAACACUGGAAAGAUCCAAUGCUGAUCGUUAUAAAAGGCUUCGCCAGGAACUUCUUAAAAGUAAAAUGCAACUCCAGCUUUUUCAACUUUUUUACAACGAAAAUAAAUUGGAGAAUUUAUUAGGAGACUUAAAUGAAAAACAUGUGGAAACCAACAGUCGCAAAGACCAACUUGCUGACACUGAAUCUGAACUGAAAGCUGCAAAGCAAGGGCUUGGAAGGCUGAACAGAGAGCAGCAGCAGAUUGAAAAAGAAAUAAAAGUUCUCGAAGCAUCACUAAAUAAGUUGAGGCCCCAAUUCAUUAAAGCAAAAGAAAAUUCUGCACACCAGAUGAAGAAGGUUGAAAUCACCAAGUCUUCUCUGAAGAAAAGUGAGAAACGUUGUGGCAUACUGGAGCAAGACAUUAAGGGGAUGGAAAAGGAGAUUGAUGAAGUACAGCAGGCCUGGAGAGUAUUUGAUCGUCAGCUUGAAGAGGAUCAUUUAAGAAGACAGGCAGAUGUUGAGUUGGAGCAAAGUCAGCUGGAUCAAUACAGGCUGUUAAAAGAUGAGGCGAGAAAGAAGAAUGCUGUACUGGGGCAGCAGCUGGAAAAGUUUCACUGGGAACAGGGGGCUACAGAAGAAAAGAUAGCGAUUGAGCAGAGGAGACAAAAAGAAGUAGAGGUAAACAAAAAGUGUGUAGAGGAGCAAAUUGAAGACUACAACAGGAGAGUGGGGAAAUUAGAGGACUACAUCAAUACUUGCAUCAAAGCCCUUGAUGAGCACAGGGGCCAGGAGGAACAGCUCGUUCGUGAAAUAGAUUACAGUAAUCAGAGGAUGUCAGAAGUGAAUGAGGAGCUGAACAUUACUGUUAGUGAGCUGCAGAACGCCAGGAUCGAUUACCAUGAAAGUAACAGCCAGAAGAGGAGAGCAGAAAUUUUGGAGAGCAUGAAAAGAAUGUACCCAGACGCUGUAUUUGGCAGAUUGUUCGAGCUGUGUCAUCCAAUUCACAAAAAGUACCAACUAGCUGUUACCAAGGUCUUUGGGAAGUACAUGAAUGCCAUUGUUGUGACAAGUGAGAGAGUGGCGAGGGACUGCAUCCGAUUUCUCAAAGAAGAAAGAGCUGAGCCUGAGACAUUCCUUUCCUUGGACUAUAUACAUUUAAAGCCAAUCAAUGAAAAGCUGAGGGAAGUUAAAGGCUGCAAAAUGUUGAUUGAUGUAGUGCAAUGCUCAAGUGCCUCGCUAAAAAAAGUGGUUCAGUUUGUAUGUGGGAAUGGCCUGGUGUGUGAAACGGUCAAGGAGGCAAGACAUAUUGCAUUUGAUGGUCCUGAGAGGCAAAAAACCGUAUCUUUGGAUGGAACUAUGUUCUUGAAAUCCGGUGUGAUAUCUGGAGGCUCAAGUGAUUUGAGGUUCAGAGCCAAGCGCUGGGAUGAGAAAGAGAUAACCACACUAAAAGAAAAAAGAGAUGCUUUGACAAGUGAACUAAAAGAGCUAAUGAAGCUAAAGAGGAAGGAGAGUGAUUUAAAGCAGCUUCAUGCUCAGAUACAAGGAACACAAACCCGUCUCAAGUAUUCUCAAAGUGAACUAGAAGUUAUUAAGAAGAAAAAUCUUGCCAGCUGCUUUGCGGAAAAAUCAAGGCUGGAAAGUGAGUUCUCAAAUGCUGAAUGUCAGUUUACAAUGUUAACAGAAGAACUUGAAAGACAUAAGGUGAAAACCACAGACCUUCAAGAACAAAUGAAUAAGCUGGAGGACGAAGUCUUUAGGAGAUUUUGUGAGGAGAUAGGAGUGGAAAACAUUCGCGAUUAUGAGGAAGAGCAUGUUAAACAACACCAAGAAACUGACAAGAAAAGGCUGGAGUUUGGAAAUCAGAAGACACGUCUGGAAAUUCAAGUUGAAUACAUUCAUGAACAACUAAAGAAAGAAGCAGAAAAAGGGAUGAAGCUUAAGGAGGGAUUGAGCAAAGAGGAAGAGCAAGUUACGCAGCUUAAGAAGGAUGAACGGCGAUAUCUCAGGUUAGUUGAUGAAGCCUUAUCUCAGCAACUGGAAUUCAAAAAUCAUCUGACUCUUAAACACUCUGAGGUCUCUGAAGCUCAGAAACUGGUUGAAGAAACCCGAAAGAAGCUGCUAAACAUUAACAGAGAAAUUGGCAAGAAGCAGAAGGAAGCAAUGACCAUUGAAAGUCUGAUAGAACAGAAGAGGUUAGAAAAACACAAUUUACUCCUGGAUUGUAAAGUACAAGAUUUGCCGAUAACUCUACUAGCCGGCUGUUUGGAUGAUAUCAUGGAAGUUGAGGUAGAAAGUGAAAGCACUCUAACUGCUACUGAAAUCUAUGAACGAGAAGGGACUUUUCGCAUAGACUAUGGCGAUCUUCCUCAUAAUCUAAAGGUGUUAAUGACAGACAAUGAAUUCUCAGCUGAACUUAUGCGAAUGCGUCAACAAUGUAUUUCUCAUGAAAACAUUCUGCUGAAGACAUGUGCUCCAAAUCUGAGAGCUCUGGAGAAACUCCAGAAUAUCAGUGGCAAGUUUCAAGAAACCACAGAUGCUUUUGAGACCAGCAGAAGGAAAGCCAGUCUGUGUAGGACACAAUUUGAGCAGGUGAAGAAGAAGAGAUAUGAGCUUUUUAGCCAGUGUUUUGAGCAUGUUUCUGUAGCUAUCGAUCAGAUCUACAAGAAGCUCUGCAGAAAUAACAGCGCUCAGGCCUUUCUUAUUCUUGAGAAUUCAGAGGAACCGUAUCUUGAUGGAAUUGGCUACAACUGUGUAGCUCCAGGGAAGAGAUUUAUGCCUAUGGACAACUUGUCUGGAGGAGAAAAGUCUGUAGCUGCGCUGGCUCUGGUCUUUGCUAUUCACAGCUUUCGUCCUGCACCGUUCUUCAUUUUAGAUGAGGUAGAUGCAGCUUUGGACAACAGUAACAUCGGUAAAGUGACUAGUUACAUCAAAGAACAGACAAGACAGCACUUCCAAAUGGUGGUCAUUUCCCUAAAGGAAGAGUUUUUUUCCAAAGCGGAUGCUUUAAUUGGAGUGUGCACAGAGCAUGAUGAAAUGUGUAGCCAAGUGCUGACUCUGGACCUCACUAUCUAUGAAGAUGAUGAAGACUCUGAUAGUGAAAGAAGAACAUAG